GCCAUAUUUCACAUAUUUCACAUAUUUCCAGAAAAGCUAAAACAAAUAGUCCGCAUAUGCUGUUUACAUACCUUCUUCACCCGCUUCUCAUUAACAAUAACCCGAUCAAGCUUCGCAUCCUUGCGUUUCUCAGCCUUGACGCCCUCCUCCGUCACGAAGGAGCGUCUCGCCUUCGCCUGCUUCUUCUCGCGUUUCGUCAGUCCCGCCCCGGCCCACGAUCCCCAUCCGGGCAGUGUGGUGUCGAUGACUUGGUCACCCUCCUCCUCGAUUGUUUGCAGUUUCUCCUUGGAAAAGUCGACCAGCACUUCGUCACCUGCGAAGGCUUUCUUGACGAGGUCUGCAUUUUUGAGAAGGACGGGUACACGUGUAUUAUCGUCGUCGUCAUCUUCAUCUUCGCUGCCCGCGGUACCAGCAGAAGGGGCAGUUUUGCCGUGUGAUUUGACGGCUACUUGCUUUUUGGCCGAUUUGCCUCGUUUGGGUUCUGCUGACAAGAGGGACUGAGAAGGACCGCUUUCAACAGCAUCAUUGCCGAUCAAGUUAAUGUCAGCUGCUCCGUCGGAUGAGUCAUUUUGCUUCUUUGAAUUCCUCUUGGGCUGCGCGAGCCAUGGAUUGUCGACAUCAGCAUCAUUAUCUUUAGUUGCGCGGCCAUUGGUUUGAUUAGAUUGCUUCUUAGGGGGACGCGAGUUGCGUGUCGUAGACUUAGGCGCACGGUUGUUGUCGUCUACUUUAAUCUCAACUUCUCCAUCAGACUCCAUUGCGCGCACUUUCUCGUCCGUUUCUGAAUCUGGCUCCUCAAAUUCCUGUCGUUGAGGAGCUGUAACAGCAGGUUUAUUGGUGGUGGCAUUUUGGCCGAAUUUCUGACGGCCCAUCUCUGCCAUAUCAUUAUCAGACUGUGAAUCAUCCCCAUUGCCCAUCUCGCGGCGGAGCUUUUUGAUUUCAGCAUCGUUCUGAGCCUUCCGCGCAGCUUCAGCAUUCCGCAUAAAUUUCAUGGACAGUAAAGCUGCAUGUGGCCCCGUCAUCGGCUCUUCUGUGGCAUUUCCGUUUUGGUCGAGCUCGUUGAGUUUCUUCUUAAGACGUUCUGUCUCAGCGUCUGACCCAAACCCAUCCUCAGCGGCAUCAUCGUCGCUCUCAGAUUCUUCACUUGACGAGUCUAGAUACUCUUCCUGACCCGUAGUAACUCGCUUCCCUUCUAUUCUGCUCUGCAGCUCCUCCUCCCGCCUAGCCAGAUCCGCCAUUUCCAGUCGUGCUUCGUCAUCCCAACCAGUCCUUCCAGUCUGCUUAAGGCUUUUAGCCCAUUUGCUUUCCCUAUGUUUCGCUCCCAUUCGAGCUUCCGCUCUCCGGCGGUCAAGCAUUUCGCGAUCCUCUUCAUCGACAUCAACUCCUGCAGCGAUAAGAGCUUCCCGCUCUCUAAGAUCCAUUUUUUCCCGCUCCUUGCGAUGAACGCGACGGUAAGAUUUACUCUUAAUUUUCUUAAUCCGCUUAGCCCGCACCUCCUCGCGGAAAAGUAGCUCUCGAGCCUUUCGUAGCUCCGCGCGACGGGCCUGUAUCUCUUCCAAGGGGAGCUUUUUCGCCUGUAACUCUUCAAAUUCUUGAAUUCGAGCCUCCCCAGAUUUAUCCUUCUCAUCCGCUAGGCCACUCUCCACAAGGAUAUUUUGAAUAGUGCUCUCAAGGUCAUUCAGUGGUUUUGCAUCAGUAAUGGAUGACUGCUGUAUGGCGUUCGGUUCUGGAAGGGGGAAUGACAGAUGGUCAGCUCUUCGGUUGGCUUUAACGGUUUCGAUCCAUCGAUCAAGGGUCUCUUUGCUCUUCUCGUAGGCUGCCGCACGGUCGAUACGAUCCUGCUGGCGUUUAGCAAGAGGCGCUUGCAGUUUUCCGGGUAUUCCGGCUUUGCUCUUCUUCGUUGAGGCAACGGCGUCCAGAUGUUUCAGCGACCCUUUCAUGCGAGAGUCGGAAAUGGUUGGUAUAAGAUCGGCAACAGUAAGCUUCCUGGUGGGCGUGAGACCGAACUCCGUAGGUUGGGCGCCAUGAGUGAUGGCCCGAUGCUUCAGCUUCGAUUGACCGUCGUCGGACUGUCCAUUUUCCAUAGAUUUGACGAACUUCUGUAAUUUUGACAAGCCACGCUCGUUCAAAUCGUCUUCGUCGGAAAACGAUAGCCCAGACGCAUCGCUCGCAUCGUCUCUAGAGUCGUCAGAGUCAUCCUCUUCCCCCUCACCCUCGCUGCCAGUUAUAUCAAUAAUAUCAUCAUCCUCUUCCCCAUCACCUUCUGAUAAAUCGAAGUCGUCGGUAUCCCGUUUUCUCAGAGUAGACUUCGCCUUGGCCUUCGAGUUCCCACCAACCUUACGCCCAUCGAAAUUCUCCUCGUCACUCUCACCCAUGGCUUCGUCACUGUCGAUUUCACUGUCAUCAUCAGAAUCGACCCGACCUAGCUGCCAUUCAUUCCCCUCGCUAUCACUUCCAUAAUUAUCGUUGGACUCUGAGUCUUCAUCGUCGCCCGUCCUCCGUCGCUUGGAAGGUUGAACGUGCGACUCCUCCUCAUCGUCAAAUUUAGAAGUACCACCCCUCUUCCGUUUCGAGCCGUCAUCUUCUUCCACCCCGAGGCGAUGCUUUCGAAUCCCAGAGUUCGAGGGAUAUUGUUUCUCCGCAACUGUUAAGGCAUCCAGACCGCCCCGUGUAUAUGGUUUCUUCGUUCCUUUCGGUUUCGAGCGGCGGGGCUCCUCUUUGGACCGGAGCUGGUUAGAUCGUCUAGCCAUAGCUAUGAUUAAUCCCGCUCCGAGGGAGAAGAGGAUAACACGCGGAAAAACAGACGGUGUUGGGAAAAGUGAAAUUUAUUUGUGAUUUUGGCGUAAAUAACUGGGGCAUUCGAAAUAUCCCAAAAGAAAAAAAAGUUUCUCGGUUCCUCAAUCGGCGCUAGUCAAGCUUUCUCGCGGAACAGCCAAAGACGAGGGCAAGAACACAAACCACCCGCCGAACGGAACACGAUAUCUCAGCAUCCGCGCUAUUACGACCGUUUGCGAAUUGGAGGCCUAUGUUUGGUCAUUCGACCUUGGAUGGACCCAUUCCCACCUCGUCUUGAUCAUGUUUAAACCUACAAGAAGCUUGAAUGCGCGGCUGCGGUUGACCACCAAGCAAGUCGGCGGAGGCUAUUACAAGGGUAACCGGACGGGCAAUGUUGGUUACUUCGGCAGGAAGAAAGGCACAUACUUUAUCGACUGGCGGAAAGUGCGCACAUAUGUCGUCCCAGAGGGACUUGAUACAUUUAAGCUUACUCCCUUCGUGACGAAACGAAUGGAGCCUACCAGAACCCACUACACGCAGACGAUAAUGAUCGGCGACCGGGAAGUGGAGGUGCCACGGGGGAUGAAUGGGAAAGACUACCUCGAUGACUGGUACGCAAAUAACGAGCUGGAGUCUGAUGAAAUGGAACGGAUUCGGCGAGAAGAGGUGUCCGGCCAAGAGGACACGGCCAUGUCAGACGGACAGCAUGCGGAGCAAACAACUUCCGAGCAAAAAACCAAUCCAGGCACACACAUGGAUAAUAGCAAGCAUCACCCACCAAGCAAGCAAGACCCAUAGACUCUUAUUGUUCGGCUUUAAUUGUUGUUUGGCGUCUCUACAUCAACCCUCAUGCGACUCUCGUUCGCUUCCGUACGAUUGACCAUUCGCAGACGGUCCGCUAGUCCCGCUCUUGGGUACUGGGGGGAUAUUGGGGGUUAUUUAUUUGGACAUUUCACUUGGUCUCGCCCUUCUUUCAGUCAGUCUUUGCAGAUAAGAUCCUGGUUUUGUUUGCGUCAUGUACAAUAUCCAUUUUACAUUGUUCAUUUUUCUGUCGUUAGAGGUUUCAGGCGAAAUGGGCUACUGGGUUUAUAUACAUGAAAAAUAAGGGAGAAAGUGUUCCAUUUCUAUUUCCCCAUCUCCCUGGGGAUAUGCUUAUGGGGCUCUGUGCACAACUUUGUGCGUUUUUGAUUGAAAAGAUUUCAAGGUAUCAGUCUCUAUUAUAGUCGCGAGGAUUUUGGCUGGUAUGCCUUUUACGUACUUACUGUAGGCAAACAAUAUCAGUAUAAACUGGAAAAUGAGCAUGUAUAAAAAUCUAUCGACAGUUUGAGUUGCAAUGGGGAUGGAUUUACAGCCUGGCAAACGAAAAUCUACGUUCUGGAACUGUACUCCUUCGAGGACUACCAAGAUAAUUUUUCCUUUACAACAAAUCUAUAUCAUAGAAGUUCACUA